GUUUGAUAUUGCGUUUGUGGGAAAUAAUUAUUUAACGCAACCAUUAGCUGUGGGGAAGUAAUGUAGGGUUUCUUGCGCUACGUUAAGGCCAAACUUCUUCGUCUGCCUAUUCUGUGCUCGGCCCUAUUGCUUAUUUAAUUUAAGCGUUGCUGGGAAUAAUUUCAAUAUGGAAUUUGGUUGAAACCUUCACAUAUCUUAAUGCUGUAAUGCUAUAUUUACGUUGUCACUUGUGUUUCUGUUAUCGCUUUUAAACUAAUGCGAAUCUAAUACCCACAAUGCUUACUAACCUCUGCAGUUGCCAAGUGCAGCACAUCAGAAGUGCUGCACUGAUGCUUGCUUUCUGAUCACUAACCGUCGCCACCUCUCCUUCAGAUAUAAUCCAAACGACAGCCUACUAGCACCCGGUUGUAGGUCUGGGGAUGAUUAUUUCCUGGAACGAUAAUGAAUGAUUUCACAAGGCCUACUGCAUACUAUGGGCAGUCAUCGGCCGUAUCGCGUAUGCAGCAGCAGUACUGGGCCACCAAGCAGGCAUUCUUGCGCAAGAUUGGUCGCAAGGAAGAUGACUGUAUUACUGCCAGUGAUGCUGAGCUCGAUGCCAAGCUCGAGCUCUUUGGGGCCAUCCAGGAUUCCUGUGCUAACUUGCUGCGGGUGCUGGAAAACUACCAAGACCGCCUAUUGGCACUUAGCCAAGAAGAAAAUGCAUUGGGACGGUUCCUGAAAGAGUGUGGAAAACAGGACAAGACCCGAGCUGGCAAAAUGAUGGGUGCAACAGGAAAGACAAUGAGCUACUCUGCACAGCAAAGGCUGACUCUACGUGUGCCUCUGGUGCGCCUUUAUCAGGAAGUGGAAACCUAUCAAUUUCGUGCUAUUGCCGACACUCUGGCUACAGUUGAGAAGAUGGAGCGAUCCAGGACUGACUAUCGGGGGGCUCUGCUUUGGAUGAAAGACAUCUCGCAACAGCUGGACCCUGACACAUACAAACAGUUGGAAAAGUUCCGAAAAGUGCAAGGGCAUGUGAAGCGGACCAAGAUUCAGUUUGAGAAGCUUAAACUGGACACACUACAGAAGGUCGACCUGCUUGCAGCUUCACGCUGCAACAUGUUUUCUCACGUGCUGGCCGCCUACCAGAAUGCACUACUCUCUUUCUGGGAAAAGACCUCCUCCACUAUGAGCAAUGUAGCGGAGAGCUUCAAAGGGUACCAGCAUUACGACUUUAUCGUAGUCAAGGAACUCCAAGAGCCAAGUAGAAAACUGGCUGAAAAAAUGGGCAAUGGUGAAGAAAAGGCCAGUAAAGAAGACGGCGACAAAGACAGGAUGCUGUUCUUUGAGUCGGAGUACCACGACGAUGACAGCAAGCGGGACGCACGAGCCAAAGAUAAAAAGCGCAAGAAGAAAGAGAAACCUCGGCAUGAUGGUGUGGCAGGCCUUGGUAGUAUAGCCAGUAACGAGGGGUCUCGACUGGACGCCGAUUCCAAGUCGCAGAGCAGCCUCGAUGAUGUGCCCCUGCUCAGCCUGGAUGAGUCCUCGUCAGAAGAACGGCCUCACUUUGCCUCCGCUGCGCUGUGCGACGCUGGCAAGUUGCCUCUCUGGCGAGAAGACCUGCUGACUCACAACCCUGAGAUCAGUGACUUGGAGAAGGACGACAUGACCUUGCUCGCAGAGAUCCUGGCCUCGUCUGAGUCGGUCUAUCCAGCUGCUUUUGAAGCAGGAGCACCUGAGGAUAGCUUUGCCCAGCAGUGGCAGACGGCCUUUGGCCAUCAACCACCUAGUCCACAGAAGAGCCUCUCCUUCGGUGGCUCGCUACUCACCAAGCCUGAGCCCCUGGCCAACCCUCCAGCUGCAACAGCCACCACGCUGCAACCAGCCCCAGCCAGCAAUGUCCCAUCACAGUUUCUUCCCUCACAGCUGCUUGACCUUGAAGAUGGCAUUGGACCACUUGAAAACAAGGGAAUGCCAUCUCAAAUGCUGGUCCCGAGCCUGGAGCCCAUUAAGCCUGUGUGUCAGGCGCCUGCUGCUGUGACUACACAGAAAGCCCAGCCAACACCGGGACCCAUGAGUAGACCAAGUCUCAAAAAGGAUAAGAGAGACAUGUCCGCAUGGUUUAACCUGUUUGCUGACCUGGACCCCCUGGCAAACCCGGAUGCCAUUGGAAAGAAGUCGACUGAACAAGACCGAAACUGCUGAAAGCCCUUGAGCAUUCUGAGAAGGUAGAUGCAUAUUAUGGCACCUACUCUGUGGGCAGUAUGUGAAAGGGCACCACAGUGAAGCCAUCCUGUGACAUUUGAGCCAUGCAGCAAUAUUUCUAAAAAUUUGUGGUUGUGCACAUUAAGGAGCACUUCGAUGAUCUUGAAUUAAAGCAGCAUGUGCUCUGUAGAUGCAGUCCGUUUCUUGCUACAGAUAUUUUAUAUUUUCCUUUUUUUCUUGUAUUUCUUUAUGCACUCUGGUUAAUGAAAUGUAACUGCAAGUAGUGGGACUUUGGAAAUUAAUCGUCAGUAAUAUCUUUGGCGGGUUCUCUUCAUGGGAUUGCUACACGUAUUACCGCAAGAGAGCCAUUCACAAGGCAGUGUUAUGCUGUUGUGCGAGGAACUAGUCUUGAAUCAUAACAGGCUGCAGCAGCCUCAGUGACUGUUAAUAAAGAGAGUUUAUGUCCACUUUUUACACUGCUGUACAGUUUGAAGAUUUUGUAUGCUGUGUUGUACCUACAGAGUUGGUGUGUGUGCACACGUUAUCUGGCAUAGUUUUCUGUGACACCGUUUGCUUAGGAGUAAACAAAGUACACCUCAGUGGGGAGGCACAUUCUUGAAUAUGGUGCUUUCCACGAAUUCAUGAAUUUUAUGAUGUACCUACCAAUGUAGGUAAGCUUGUUUCGUGGAAUUACUAAGGGACAUGUCUUGAAAAAUGGCCUGCUUAUCAAAUGUUAUCUAGAUCAUGGAGUUGUGUCUAUGAUUAAAUCCCUGGUUGAUGGUUUCAAGUUUUAAUUUGUGAAGCAAAUUGAGUUAAUAGUGCACCUAUUCCAUGCAAUGUGUUAUAGUGCACUUUCUUUUUACAAUGACCUUGAAAAGCAUUUUCAUAAUAUUAGCAAGAAAUUUAGUUACUAAAUUGUGUUCGGCUGUUUCCUUUCAUUUGACUGAUUAUAAUUUUUUCUUUCAUAGGCAACUUUUGACCCUUAAGCAGGUACUACCUACAUUUAGAAGAGGAAGAACAAGAGAACUGUAUCAACUUUUUGUUUUGGUCAUUGCACUGAACUGAUGAAUUCCACUAUGUGUGGCCUUUGGAGUAAAGAGAAAGAUUCCCUUAAAAAGGCACCCUCAGGAUUUUUUUCUUUGUUUCAUAAUUUGUUUUUAUUUUUUUAUAUUGAUACUCUAAUCUGAAGAACCUCAUUAUUUUAUAUGCAUUUAUGAUAUGUGCAAUUAGAUUUUGCUUUUCUUGGUUGCUUUUGAUACAAAAGCUCUCAUACACUUCUAGUCACGUUUUUUUUUCUCAUCUAUUUUGUAAACUUGUGAGAGGAUUGUUGUGUUUGCUCUGUACUUCAGUUAUUUUUCAGAGCAUUUAUUUUAAUUUUUGACUGUGAACUUUUAGCAUUGACAUAAAAAGCUAUGGGUUGUCACUAUUUUAUCAGAGACCUGAAUAUUUGUUGAGUCCUUCUGUUUUUUUGGGGAAGGGAAGCAUUCUUAUAAAGUCUGCCAUUUUCAGCUUGAUUUGAUGUCAUAACUGUUCUAUUAAUAAGUCAUUUUAUCAAUGUAAGUCGCAUUUGGCUGCUCAGAGCUUUGUUGUGACUGUAUUUUGUUCUAUAUUAUGUGCAGAUUGUGCUAUUCUGGCUUUGCAGUGGCGGGAAGGGUUGACUUGUGCAGUAAUACUUUUGGUCACUGAGCAAGCAUUCUUGGUUAAAUAAACGUGUAUUAAAUGAUGCC